AUGUCCUCACUGCCUGCCUACCUGACGUCUAACCCCUCCUUCUCUUUAUAUCCCCGUCUGUUACCUGUUUCCACCUUCCACCUGUUUCCCGAUGCCUCGUUAAAUGAAGGUGGCGUGAGACAGGCGUCAAACUCUUGCCCUGACCCGGGAGAGCCAGAGAAUGGAAAACGCCACGGCAAUGAUUUCAGCCUUGGCAGUGUGGUGCAGUUCACCUGUGGAGAAGACUACGUUCUUCAGGGAAGCAAAACCAUCAGCUGCCAGAGAGUGGCGGAAGUCUUUGCUGCCUGGAGCGACCACAGGCCGGUGUGCAAAGAGGCGCAGGCGAUAGGCUGGGGGUUAGAUGGAUGCCUGCCAUUGGUCGCUUUGUGUCCCAGGAGAAAUCUGAUUGGUAUUCAGGGGACACAUCCUUAUUCUACUCAGGGUCACUGUGGUGACCGCUCUGUCGUCAAUGGCAACACCUGCGUCAGCACCAUGGGGACACACGUGAUUCAGAUCAACUUUGAAGAAUUUGACCUGGAGAUCGCCUACGAUACUCUGACUAUAGGAGAUGGAGGGGAGGUGGGAGAUCCUACCGCCAUACUACAAGUCCUCUCAGGGAGCUUUGUUCCUGACCUGAUAGUCAGCAUGACCCACCAGAUGUGGCUCCACCUGCAGUCAGAUGAGAGCGUCGGAUCGAUAGGAUUUAAGAUCAACUACAAAGAAAUAGACAAAGAGAGUUGUGGCGAUCCUGGCACUCCUCUGUAUGGAAUAAGAGAAGGGGACAGCUUCUCUAAUGGAGGCAUCCUGAGGUUUGAGUGCCAGUUUGGCUUUGAGCUGAUUGGAGAGAAAACCAUCUCCUGCCAAGACAACAAUCAGUGGUCGGCAAACAUCCCCAUAUGCAUAUUCCCCUGCAUGUCCAACUUCACAGCUCCCUCAGGAACCGUCCUCUCCCCUGAUUACCCAGAAGGCUACGGGAACAACAUGAACUGUGUCUGGCUCAUCCAGUCUGAUCCAGGAUCCAGAAUACACUUGGCCUUCAAUGACUUUGACCUGGAGGCUCCUUAUGAUUCCCUAACGUUGAAAGAUGGCGAGACCAAUGACGCCGGAGUCAUCGGGAGGUUCUCUGGAGCCGAGAGCCCCUCCCAUUUGACGUCCAAUAGUAACACGCUGAGGCUGGAGUUCCAGGCUGAUCACUCCAUGUCAGGAAGAGGAUUUAAUAUCACAUACAGCACGUUUGGCCACAACGAGUGCCCAGACCCUGGUAUUCCCAUCAACGCUCGCCGCUUUGGAGACAGCUUCCAGCUUGGCAGCUCCAUUUCUGUGGUCUGCGAGGACGGUUUUAUCAAAACCCAGGGAACCGAGACAAUCUCCUGUCAGUUAGAAAGAGGAAAAGUCAUGUGGAGUGGGCCAAUUCCUAAAUGUGAAGCUCCAUGUGGGGGCCACUAUUCAGCCCCGAAUGGGGUGAUUUUGUCUCCUGGGUGGCCUGGAUACUACAAAGACUCCCUAAGUUGUGAGUGGGUGAUUGAAUCAGAACCUGGGCGCUCCAUCAAACUCACAUUUGACAGGUUCCAGACUGAGCUGGGUUAUGACUUUCUGGAGAUCCAUGAUGGACCAAACCUCUUGUCUCCUAUGGUUGGCUCCUUUAAUGGCACCCAAGUGCCCCAGUUCCUAUUCAGCAGCACCAACUUUCUGUAUCUGCUGUUUACCACAGACAACAGCAGAUCAAAUGUGGGCUUCAAACUAUUGUAUGAAAGUGUUACAGUCGACAGCUACUCGUGCCUGGACCCUGGUAUCCCUGUCAACGGUAUCCGCUAUGGGCAGGAUUUCUCCAUCGGGUCCACAGUAUCAUUCGGUUGUGAUUCUGGGUACAGAUUGAGCCACGAGGAGCCACUAGUAUGUGAGAAGAACCACUGGUGGAGCCACCCUUUACCUACAUGUGAUGCUCUCUGUGGCGGCGAUGUUAGAGGUCCCUGGGGUACCAUCCUUAGUCCCGGCUAUCCAGACAGCUACCCUUCAUCUCUCAACUGUACCUGGACGGUUGAAGUCAGCCAUGGGAAAGGAGUUCAGUUUCAGUUCAAUUCUUUUCAUCUGGAGGACCAACACGACUACCUCUUGGUUACCGAGAACGGGAGUUUUGUGCAACCACUGGCUCGCCUGACCGGGAACGAGUUGCCUAGCAACAUCAAUGCUGGUCUCUAUGGCAACUUCAAAGCUCAGCUCCGAUUCAUCUCUGACUUUUCCAUUUCUUACGAGGGCUUCAACAUAACUUUUUCUGAGUAUACUUUGGAGCCUUGUGAGGACCCAGGGAUGCCUCGUUUCGGUAGGAGAAACGGCUACAGUUUUGGCGUCGGAGACACGCUGUCUUUUUCUUGCAACAUGGGAUACCGCCUAGAGGGGGCGCCAGAGUUAAUCUGUCUGGGAGGAGGACGGAGAAUGUGGAGUGCACCUUUACCAAGAUGUGUCGCCGAGUGUGGAUCUUCAGUCAUGAACAAUGAAGGGAUCCUUCUCUCUCCAAACUAUCCAAUGAACUAUGACAACAACCACGAGUGCAUCUACAGCAUCCAGGUUCAGGCUGGAAAAGGCAUCAACAUCUCUGCUCGAACCUUUCAUCUUGCACAAGGGGAUAUACUCAAAAUUUACGACGGUAAAGACAACACAGCACAUGUCCUUGGAGCGUUUACGGGAUCCUCGAUGCUGGGCCUGACGCUGAUCUCCACUUCAAACCACCUCUGGCUGGAGUUUUACAGCGAUGCAGAAAGCACAGGGGAAGGAUUCAAACUGGUCUACUCAAGUUUUGAGUUGUCUCAUUGUGAGGACCCAGGCGUGCCUCAGUUUGGCUUCAAGGUCAAUGACCAAGGUCAUUUCACCGGCAGCAGCAUCACCUACAGAUGUGAGCCUGGAUACACUCUGCAUGGUGCUACCACACUGAAGUGCAUGACAGGAGAAAGGAGAGCCUGGGAUAACCCUCUGCCUUCUUGUAUCGCGGAGUGUGGAGGUCGGUUUAAAGGCGAGUCUUCAGGAAGGAUUCUCUCCCCUGGAUAUCCAUUUCCUUACGACAACAAUCUACGUUGCACAUGGAUCAUCGAAGUGGACUCAGGAAAUAUAGUGAGUCUUCAGUUCUUGUCCUUUGACACGGAGGCAAGCCAUGACAUGUUGAAGGUUUGGGACGGACCACCUGAGAAUGAAAUGUCUUUGGCAGAGCUGAGUGGGUCUCUGCUUCCUGAGGGAAUCCACUCCACCCUGAACACGGUCGCUGUUCAGUUUGAGACGGAUUUUUACAUCAGCAAAUCGGGAUUCGCCAUCCAAUUCUCCAGUUCAGUAGCUACAGCCUGCAGGGACCCAGGCGUACCGAUGAAUGGCAGUCGUAGUGGAGAUGGCCGCGAGCCGGGGGAUUCAGUGUCCUUUCAGUGUGACCCAGGAUAUGAGCUCCAGGGGGAUGACAAAAUCACCUGUAUACAAGUGGAUAACAGAUACUACUGGCAGCCCAGUCCGCCUGUCUGCAUAGCGCCUUGUGGAGGAAACCUUACUGGCUCCAACGGGUUCAUACUGUCACCUAAUUACCCGCAUCCCUACCCCCACUCCAAGGACUGUGAUUGGCUCAUUGCUGUGAACUCUGACUAUGUCCUGUCACUGGCCUUCAUCAGCUUCAAUAUUGAGCCAAACUAUGACUUCCUGUAUAUCUACGAUGGUCCAGAUAGCAACAGCCCUCUGAUUGGCAGCUUCCAGGACAGCAAACUCCCAGAGCGGAUAGAGAGCAGUUCCAAUACAAUGCAUUUAGCGUUUCGCAGUGAUGGGUCUGUUUCCUACAUUGGCUUUCACCUGGAGUACAAAGCCAAGCUGAGGGAAUCCUGUUUCGACCCAGGUGUUGUUCUGAAUGGGACCAGGUUGGGGUCUGAUUAUAAGCUAGGCUCUACUGUUACUUUCUACUGUGAGGCUGGAUAUGUGCUGCAGGGCUAUUCGACUCUCACCUGCAGUAUGGGAGAUGAUGGCAGACCUGGAUGGAACAGGGCUUUGCCUAGUUGUCAAGCUCCCUGUGGCAGUCGAUCUACAGGAUCAGAAGGGACUGUUUUAUCUCCCAAUUUUCCCAGGAACUAUACAUCUGGACAGACCUGUGUCUACUCUAUAUCUGUGCCAAGAGAGUUUGUACUCUUCGGUCAGUUCGUGUUGUUCCAGACAUCUCUUAAUGAUGUGGUGGAAAUCUACGAUGGACCUACACAACAAAACACACUGCUGUCUUCUCUGUCGGGGUCCCACUCAGGCGAGUCUCUUCCUUUGAGUUCUGGAAACCAGAUCACAGUCAAGUUUAACACAGUCGGACCAGAAACUGCUAAGGGAUUCCACUUUGUCUACCAAGCUGUGCCAAGGACCAGCUCCACCCAGUGUAGUUCAGUCCCCGAGCCACGCUUUGGGAAGCGUCUUGGUAAUGACUUUGCAGUUGGCUCCAUGGUGCAGUUUGAGUGCAACCCUGGUUAUGUCCUACACGGAUCUACUGCCAUACGGUGUGAGAGUGUUCCAGACAACCUGGCCCAGUGGAACGACACGCUGCCUACAUGCAUAGUUCCCUGCGGGGGAGUGCUGACCGCUCGUCGUGGGACCAUCCUGUCGCCUGGGUAUCCAGAGCCCUACGACAACAACCAGAACUGUGUGUGGAAGGUCUCUGUGCCGGAAGGGGCUGGAAUACAGAUACAAGUUGUGAGUUUCGCCACUGAGCAUAACUGGGACUCUUUGGAUUUCUACGACGGUGCUGACAACCACGCACCGCGACUGGGAAGCUACUCUGGCACCACCAUUCCUCCUCUACUGAAUAGUACAUCCAACAACCUCCAUCUCAGCUUCAGCUCUGAUAUCAGUGUCUCUGCUGCUGGUUUUCACCUGGAAUACACAGCUAUUGGCCUUGAGUCUUGUCCAGAGCCUCAGACACCGAGCUAUGGAAUAAGACAAGGAGACAGAUUUAUGGUUGGAGAUGUCGUACAGUUUUCAUGUGAACAAGGAUACUCUCUUCAGGGCAAUGCCCAUAUCACCUGCAUGCCUGGGCCUGUCAGAAGGUGGAACUACCCUGUUCCUUUAUGUCUUGCUCAGUGUGGUGGGUCCAUGACAGAUGUAAGUGGAGUGAUUCUCAGUCCUGGUUACCCCGGCAACUACCCCAGUGGAUUAGACUGCACAUGGACAGUCAACUUACCUGUCGGCUUUGGUAUCCAUCUCCAGUUUCUGAAUUUCUCCACCGAAGCGAUCCACGAUUACCUAGAGAUCCGCAGUGGAACGCUGGAGACAGGCUCGGUCAUUGACCGGUUCAGCGGCCCAGUCAUCCCCAAGCCUCUGUUCAGCACCACGCACCAGACCAGCUUCUUCUUCCACAGUGACUAUUCACAAAACAAACCAGGGUUCCACAUCACAUAUCAAGCCUACCAGCUCCAGAGUUGCCCCGAUCCAAGGCCUUUUCGAAACGGCAUCGUGAUUGGCACAGACUUCAGCGUUGGGAUGACAGUGUCGUUUGAAUGUCUGGCUGGUUAUUCUCUGAUCGGGGAUGCUUCACUCACAUGUUUACAUGGAAUCAGCAGGAACUGGAACCACCCGCUGCCAAGAUGUGAAGCUCUCUGCGGUGGCAACAUCACAUCAUUAAAUGGAACCAUUUACUCUCCCGGUCACCCUGAGGAGUACCCCAACUUCCAGGACUGUGUGUGGAGUGUUCGAGUGCCUCCUGGACAUGGGAUAUAUAUCAAUUUUACUGUACUGAGCACUGAGCCCAUAUAUGACUACAUUACCGUCUGGGAUGGUCCGGACCAAUCAUCUCCUCAGAUCGGCCAGUUCAGCGGCAACACGGCGUUAGAGUCGGUCUACUCGACCUCCAACAUCAUCCUCAUCAAGUUCCACUCUGACUUCUCUGGAGCCGGAUUCUUUGUCUUAAGCUACCAUGCCUACCAAUUAAGGGUCUGCCAGCCUCCUCCAGAGGUGCCCAACACUGACAUGCUGAUGGAGGACGGCGAGCUAGAGAUAGGCGACAUCAUCAGAUACAGAUGCCAUCCUGGAUUCUCAUUGGUUGGCAGUGAGAUUCUAACAUGUCGCCUGGGAGAGAGACUUCAGAUGGAUGCAUUACCCCCAACAUGCCAAGUCCAAUGUCCUGCACAUGAUGUCCGAUAUGACUCAUCCGGUGUCAUCCUGAGCCCCGGCUGGCCCGAGAGUUACCCCAACCUCCAGAUGUGUUCAUGGAGCAUUACAGUAGAGAAGGGAUACAACGUCACCAUCACCUUUGAAAGUUUCCACACUGAGAAAGAGUUUGACGUUUUGGAAAUAUUUGAUGGUUCGACACCCAACAGUCCAGCUCUGGCAACGCUGAGCGGCGACCUCCCGACACCCUUUAACCUCACAACCUCUGGUCAUCAGUUCCUGGUUCGCUGGUCUUCAGACCACGGCACAAACAAGAAGGGCUUCAAGAUUCGUUAUGUUGCGCUGUACUGCUCAACACCAGACUCCCCGCUCCACGGCUCUAUCUCCUCGCAGAGCGGCGGCCACGUUAACAGCGUGGUGCGCUGGGCCUGUGAUCGUGGCUACCGCCUCAUAGGCAAUGCCACAGCAACGUGCCGCCGCUCACCACUCGGCUACCACUCAUGGGACUCUCCUGUACCUGCGUGUCAAGCUGUCUCAUGCGGGGCACCCAAGGCUCCUAUAAACGGCGGCGUUUUAACAGCUGACUACUCUGUCGGAACGAGAGUUUCCUAUUUUUGUAACGAUGGGUACAGACUGUCCAGCAAGGAACUGACGUCAGCCAUCUGUCAGCCCGAUGGAACGUGGAGCAACCACAACAAGAUACCCCGAUGUUCUGUGGUGGUCUGUCCCAGCAUCGGGUCAUUUUCUUUAGAGCACGGCCGCUGGAGGAUUGUCAAUGGCUCACACUAUGAAUACAGAACCCGCAUUGUGUUCACCUGUGAUCCGGGAUACUACAGAUUAGGGCCUGCCCACAUCCAGUGUUUACCCAAUGGCGUGUGGAGCUGGAGAAAUGAGAGGCCGCACUGUCAGAUUAUCUCCUGCGGUGAGCAGCCAUCUCCGCCCAAUGGGAAGAAGAUUGGUACUCAGACAACAUUUGGGGCUACAGCCAUCUUUACCUGUGAUGCUGGCUUCAUGCUGGUGGGGUCAGCCGUCAGAGAGUGCCUGUCAUCUGGGCUUUGGAGUGGAACGGAAACACGGUGUUUAGCCGGUCACUGUGGAAUCCCAGAAGGCAUUGUGAACGGCCAGGUGAUUGGGGAGAACUUUGGUUACCGAGAUACGGUCGUGUAUCAGUGUCUGCCUGGCUUUCGUCUAAUAGGCUCAUCAGUUCGGAUCUGUCUCCAGGACAACCAGUGGUCUGGACAGCUGCCAGUCUGUAUAUCUGUCAGCUGCGGCCAUCCAGGAAGUCCCAUAUAUGGUCGUACGGUGGGAAACGGCUUCAACCUCAACGAUGUGGUCAGCUUCGUUUGCAAUCGGGGUUAUGAAAUGGAGGGGCCUUCUCGUGCUCAGUGUCAGGCCAACCGCCAGUGGAGCCAUCCGCCCCCAACGUGUAAAGUGGUCAAUUGCUCUGAUCCAGGAAUCCCGGCAAACUCCAUCCGGCAGAGUAAAAUAGAGCAUGGGAACUUCACCUUUGGCACUGUGGUUUUCUACGACUGUAACCCAGGAUAUUACCUGUUUGGAUCACCUGUUCUUACCUGUCAGCCUACUGGACAGUGGGACAAACCUCUACCUGAAUGUAUAGUUGUAGACUGUGGUCAUCCUGGCUCUCCCCCUAACGGUGUGCUGAGUGGAGAUAAGUUUACAUUUGGUUCAACGGUUCGAUACUCCUGUCUGGGCGGAAGACAGCUGAAAGGAGAAUCAUCCAGGACUUGUCAGCUCAAUGGGAUGUGGAGUGCCCCCAUGCCCUUCUGCUCUGGCGACACAGCUGGGUCCUGUGGCGAUCCUGGCAUCCCCUCUCAUGGUUCGAGAGAACAAACAGAUUUCAAAAUCCGUUCCAAGGUUCACUUCAGCUGCACGGAGGGCUACGAUCUGAUCGGUUCUUCAGAGAGGAUGUGCUUCCCUAAUGGGACCUGGUCCGGCACGCAGCCCUUCUGUAAACCUGUCCAGUGUGGUAACCCUGGCACCCCCAGUAAUGGCAGAGUGUUUCGUUUGGAUGGAACAACAUUUUCUCACUCUGUCAUCUAUUCCUGCAUGGAUGGCUACCUGCUCAACGGAGCCACCACAAGGCAGUGCCAGGCCAAUGGUACCUGGACAGGAGUACAGCCCAACUGUACCAUGAUAAACUGCGGGGAUCCAGGCGUGCCAGCUAACAGCCUUCGCUAUGGAGAAGAUUUCACAAUCGGUCAGAAUGUUUCUUUUCAGUGCCAACCAGGAUACAGGAUGGAGGAGGACGGCUCACCUUUGAGGACGUGCACCCAAAAUGGGACGUGGAGUGGGAAUAUGCCUAUAUGUACAGCGGUGACCUGCCCGGCGCCCCCUGCCAUUAGUAAUGGAGUACUGCAGGGCAGUGACUUUGAAUGGGGCAGCAGUGUGAGCUACAGCUGCUCACCUGGAUAUGAGCUCUCAUUUCCAGCUGUUCUGACUUGUGUAUCCAACGGUACCUGGAGCGGCAUGCUACCACAGUGUUUACCCAAGUUUUGUGGCGACCCUGGUACUCCAGUUGGGGGUUUCAGAGAGGGACGGAGUUUUAUCUACCAAUCAGAAGUGUCCUUCAGUUGUGCUCCACCUCUUGUUCUGGUCAGCACAGCAACCAGACUGUGUGAGAGUGACGGUACCUGGAGCGGCACGCAGCCGCGCUGCAUUGAACCAACCAAAACCAGCUGUGAUAACCCAGGAACACCACGCUACGGCUCUCUAAACAGGACCUACGGUUUCAAGGUGGGGAACGUGGUGUCAUUUCAGUGCCAGCCUGGCCAUUUGAUUCAGGGCUCCUCCUCUAGAACCUGCCAGCCUGAUCUGACAUGGAGUGGAACACAACCUGAGUGCAUACCCCAUGCCUGUAAGCAGCCCGAGAGCCCGCUCCAUGUGGACGUGGUGGGGAUGGAUCUGCCUGGAUUUGGCUACACCUUGGUGUACAGCUGUCAGCAUGGCUACUUCCUGGCAGGGGGUUCUGAACACAGAGUCUGCAAGAGUGACGGGACUUGGACUGGAAAAAUGCCUAUAUGUCGAGCCGGAGAGAAGAAGAAACCUGUGAAACCAGCAACAGGAACUCCAAGCCCCAAACUUAAUGUUCCAGAUGAUGUCUUUGCUCCUAACUACAUAUGGAAAGGUUCCUACAAUUACCGUGGGAGGAAGCAGCCUAUGACACUGAGUAUCACCAGCUUCAACUCCACAACUGGAAGAGUCAACGUUUCCCUUAGCAACGGCAACAUGGACCUGCUGCUAUCAGGAGUGUAUAAAACUGCUGAGGCCAGGCUUUUACUGCUGAUGUACCAGGUGAACUAUGUGAAUCAGGGGAACCAGCUCAAAGACUCGGCCAUCACUCCAGCCAAGAUCAUUGAAGACUCCUGGACCAUGGAUGGAUUUGUAUCAGCAGAGCCUGAUGGUUCAAGCUAUGUGUUCCAGGGUUUCAUUCAGGGAAAAGACUAUGGCCAGUUUGGACUGCAAAGACUAGGUCUGAAUAUGUCAGAGAGUCAGAACUCUCCGCCUCCCCAGCUUGGUACAAACAGCAGCUCUGUGGCUAUCGCCAUUCUGGUGCCUUUCUUUGCUCUGAUAUUCACCGGCUUUGGCUUCUAUCUCUACAAACAAAGAACCACACCAAAAACACAGUACACAGGCUGCUCUGUCCACGAAAACAACAACGGCCAGGCCGCCUUUGAGAACCCCAUGUACAACACCAACGCCAAGGCUGUGGAGGGGAAGGCGGUUAGAUUCGAUCCCAAUCUGAAUACUGUCUGCACCAUGGUCUGAGGAUUGAUUAUCCUCGCUUGCACCCUAAUGACUCAGAUUUCUAAUGGGACCACAAUCGGUUACGAGUCUGUGGGAGCCGUACGUGUCCACUAAAACCUCGACACUGUCAGCAACACGGGCUACACAUCGAUUACAGGAGACCUCCAGUCCCCGAUCACAAAUCCAAAAUUGCUAAGUGGAAAGAAGAGUGUCACCUUAGAACCAAUGUUUUGUUCUUCUUUGAAUCGACAAAUUAAACUAAAACACCAAAUGUGCAAACUCACAUUGAGAUUUGCCAUUAUAUUAAUGAAAAAGAUACCAUCCAGCAGUAAAUCUAAGCCAGCUGUGAUCCAACUCUAACCCCAACACUCAGCUGCUCAUAGAAAUAUUAUGAUUUGAUUCUUAACCACACACUGCUUUUAUACUCCAACCUCUACUUUAACCCCACUCACUUUCCCUGAUACGAGUCGUACCGAUCAAGCCAUGACCUGCCUGUCGGAUUUCCUGUCAUGUCACCCUAACCCAGUGCCAAAUUUUGUAUUUCACACAGAGCGUUGGAGAAAAGGAGCCACUCUCUGCUCUGUGAGUAAAGCCCUGCCUGGAGAGAGAGCACAUUAUCAGUGCUCAGGCCAUGGUUAUACAUCAUGGAGAUAAACUGCACUACAGAAAUGUUUGAUAUUAUUUGUACCAUGUCUUCUCCCCAAACUGUACUCAACAAAUCCUUUCUGUGAGGGAGAGAAGCUGAACAGACAUGGAUGGUAAGGUGUGACAUGAAAAUGAUGUCACAGAAGACACUGUGAAGCAAAUAAAACUGUUCUUUAAACUGUUCUAAAAUCUGUUUUCAAAGCUGACAGAAAACAACAACACUGUCAUUAGUCAGUAAACAAGUCUGACUCCUUCUAAAUAUUAGCCUAAAACAACCAAGGAAUACACAACCCUUACAAACGGACAGAAUAACCCUCUGUCUCCAUGACAACAAGAGGCUGAUGAUACUACUAGUCUCUUGUCUUUUUCUAUUAUUAAAAAUGGAAUCUAAAAAUGCUAAUGCUAGCAGACAGUAGCAAAAAGUUGCUUUGAACAGAGCCUAACUCCUAAGCAAAGGAUAAGGGCAGCCCUCGAGACGGAGCUAUAAUCCUAACUGAACUGGGAUUAGAGCAAGAGCCAAAAUAAAAGGAGUCUAAAGGGGAGCUAGCACCGGGAGAACAGAUGAGAAGAGACGGACUCAUCAAAUGGAUAAACUGCUCCCUCCCAUCCAAUGGAUGAGAGAGGAGACCGAGCCAACCCCUAACUGAACUGGAAGUAGGGUGAGGGAGUCAUCAAGAGAAAACGAUGAGAUCUUUAAAAAUCCUAACGCAGCCAAUCAGAGCCUGUCUAACCUGAAAUCAACUGCUGAGAGAAGUCUGCCUUUCCUCCACAUAAUGAAUCAGAUCAGACGGGAUAUGGCCUUGAGGAAUCCGAUCCUGUGAAUUUCAAUGGACUCUGAUGAGAGAGACAGCAAACGGAUACAGAGGACUCUGAUGGACUUCCAAAGAAAAAAGACUUUGAGAAACAGAGAAAGCUCUGGCACUAAAGCACAUUUUAACAGGAACACUACCUGUCUAACCCACUGAGAGAUGGACUGACACAGGGACAGAUAGAUGGAAGGUUAGAGGGAAGCUGACAGGAUGAGUGACAGACAGAAGAGAUGACAGGUACACUCACUAACAGAAAUGUGAAGAGACAGAGCUGACAGAUGGUAUUAAGACCAUCAAAAGCAGAUGGACAGUUUCAGGAGAGACAAGCAGGGUCUUAGGACUGAUGCAGACCAUCACCCUGUCUCCACUCCACAGACAGACACAUUUAAACACAGAUUAACCGGCUUAUAGAUGAGCAGACACAAAGCCAGACACACAGAGACACAAAGUGAUAGACAAGCUAAAAGAAAGACAAACAGGGUUGUAGCCCUCAUUUGUGGACACAGCUCCACAGUGAUUCUGCACUCUGUGAGUGCUUAUCUCCUUUCUUUGUUAUUGCUGCAGAAUCUUCUGAUCUGUAAAUCUAUUGCAUAUAUAUUCGGGAGCAUUCACCACCUAUAUUUUUGUGCUAUAUAUUUACCACAAGGGAGGGGCUGAAGGGGAAAGACAGAUUAUACCUGAGAGUUUUUAGAAAAAAUGAAACCGAUAAAAGAUAUUCCUAUGUGUUGUUCACAGAGGUCACAAAAAGUAUUUAAGUUCAUUUUGAAAUGUUUUUUUUUUCUUUUCUUUGUGUGACUUAAAGUUUCUCUCACCAUCACUGUCUUUCCCACUGAGGCAAUCAAGAGUGUCAUGGGUAUUAUAGUUGUCAUUAUUGUUGAGAUGUUAGGUUUGCCAGCAACAAUCACGCUGUUUAUAGUGACUGUCUCAAACAUUCAUCACAGAGGGCAGAUUUCUAAUCUAUUCAUUGCUGGAGGUUGUGUUUUGUCUGCCAUUUCUUUGCCUCCUCUUCACUGGAGCUGUUACAGAUCUGUCCUCCAUUAUGGUCCCCAUUGUGUCCCAGACAGUAUUUAAAUGCUGGAAUAACAGCGCUGUUUUCAGAACCUAACCAGUGAUGUUAUGUCACCAAAAUUUGCACAUCAAACUUCUAACAGAUGCUGGGGGUUUUAAGCUACAGUUCUCAGAUAUCGAUAAAGUCAGCGUUGUCUUGGAAAUAUAAAAAUAUCAGUUCUGAAAUUAUUCUAGUAUUUUGUUUAUACACGACCAGAGCUGUAUCUAGCUCUGGCUCUCUAGAAAUGAAUGUUAAUUACUGCCCUGCAUAAAGUCUGUAGGUGAGGAUCUACAGAAAAAAAGAUAAAAGACUGUUCAAGUUUUUUUUUUUUUUUCAUUACACAUGAGGAACUCAUCACACAAGGGAUGGAUUAGUCUUGAUUUUUAUUCUUAUAGGUUCAUUUAUUACAAAAAUAUAUGUGUUUCUAGUUUGUCUGCUCUUAAAAUCUCAGACUAAAUUGUUAAAUUCUAAAUGAUCUUAAAUCACCUCCAGGAUUUCAGUCUCUUUGACUUUGGCUCUGUGCAAAGAUGUGUUGGUGUUAACAAAUCAAUGCUAAAAAGGAUGCACAAAUUUUGUUUUUGUGAGCUUCUUUUAAAAAUUAAUUUGCCCUUGUACUGAAAUCUGCAUCAAUAAUAAAUUGGUGCAGCCAGUUUACAAGCCUGUAAUUACAGGUCUUUAAGAAAUGGAAACAACCUUUGGCAGUACCGCACACUAUUUUAAUCAACCUUUUUGCAUCAGGACAUUUCAUUUAAAAAGCUUAAAGGCAGAGAAAGCCACAUUUUUUCAGAGACACCGAAACUCUGUUGAUUUGGGAGAUUACAUUAAGAUUACAAGUUGCAAAUUUAGUAAAUUCAAACAUAUCAAGAUUCAACUUUUCCUUUUCCUUUUUUGUUGCAUACACAUACAUAUCAGAUUGAUGUUCCCUGGCUGAAGCCUAUUUCUUCAUAUCUGUAGCUCCUGUUAGCCACUAGGGGCUGUUGUUGCACAUGUUUAUUGGCCUUUCUAAAGGAAGAGGAGAAGAGGAUUUUUGUAAGAAACCAUUCCCAUAACACGUAUAUAAUGGUGCCAUAUUUUAAGGGUUGGAUCUGACAAUGCACCGUAUACCACUAUACACAUAGCAUUUGUUUUCACUUAACAAGAUGACAUGUAUCGAUGAGCAUGAGUCACUGUUCUUUGUCUUGUUCUGGAGACUUUUAAUAUAAAGUUUGAUUCUAAAGUUGGUGUCACAGUGAAGUGAAGACAUCUACUUUUCUUGAAG